AGCCGCCAGAGAACGCGAACAGCCCACCUAGGAUCAGCUACCACGGUAAAAGACAUAGAUACCAAUCUCGACCCACCACCGGCCCCCCCUAUGGAGGCGCUCGGGGGAGCAGAGAUGGAAAUGGCAGACAGAGGGGAAGAACCCCCUCAAGGGGGUGAGGACGAGGGCUUUGAAGAGAGGGUGAGAAUGCUCAUGUCUUUGUGUUACGAUGAUGGCCUGUGCCCCGAUGAUGUCCCAAUAGAUGACGUCGAAAUUGAUGAGAACGAGGCGGUAGUAACGGUGAACAAAAGAUUUGACGAGAUCAAAAUUCAGUGGUUAAAGGAAAGGACAGUAGUUAUAAUCUUCAGAGACGAAGCCAGAGAUAUGCCGAGGAGUGUUAAGGAGGACGUAGUUCGGGCUUACGAGAAUGGAUGGAAGAAAGACGGGACAUUCGAACCGCAGGAGGGAAAGGGUAGAGUGAAGUUUGAGGGACCGAAUGUGAUCUCAUAUGUGGCAAGGGACAUGGUGGUGGCAGAAUGGAUGGUGAAUGAGGGGUUGGGAGAAGUCAGGCUAAAGGGCAAAAGCUACUCCUUUGAGAUGAAGAAGUGGAUGCCAAAAGCAGAAUGGAAAGAGUUUCGGCGAAAUGAAUUAGAAAACACCUUCUGGGUGAUCGCAAUUCAGGUACCACUGGAUGCAUACUGUUACCUCCAAUCCUCGCUGACAAGAGUAAUAGGGCCGGUACUGAAGAUGGACUCCCCGGAUCGCUUUUCCUCGAACCCGAGACUGCUGAACAUUAAAUGUGAAAUUGAACCAGAAUGCAGGUCUAGGUUCAAAGACCGUACGAACGAUUCAGGGUGACAUGGUGGAAGUCAGACUAGCAACGUCUACCACCGCCUAUUGUACCAACUGUAAAUGGUACUUUCACACCGAGGAUCAAUGUUCGAGGAAGAAGAACGACCUCAACAGAAGGAGAAGUAAAUUCGCUUCGCUUCA